ACGCCGGUUCUGCCCCGCAGCGAGUGGAAUGCGUUCGCGUCGCGUCGUGCUGAUGAUGAACGGGCAUGAUAAAGUCAACGUCGAAUCGCUGUCGCCGCUGUGUUCCUUCCCUGUCGCGGCGCAGCGAACGGUCACCCGUCACCGUGUCAGUCUCCCCAUAUCCAGUGGCAAAGCGGUGGUCGAUAGUUAUGUCCACGGGUUAGGUAUAAGGGCUGGGCGUAAAGUCACGCAAACUCGCUUGUGUCUCUUAUCAAGUUAUCUACCACUGGCCCUCAGACGGAGAGAGAUACUGCGAUGCUAUGUGCAGUGCUGAACUUGAAGCAACGCGUUACUUGCGCUUCGCAGCCCCAUGCUGCUCACCAACUCAGCACUAGCUCAGCAAAGUGGAAUCCGCACUACACGGGUAUCCUGGGUGCGAUGUAGACUGUAGCAUAGGUACCAUUAUUAUUGUGUCGAUAUUUCCCCCUCUGCGCAUGCUAGCAAGGCAUUGUGGGAUCAAAGUUCACCGAGGUCUGUGCACGCGCGCAGGUACUGCCAGCGACACACUCUUCUGCAUCUGGCGCAGCGUGUCUUGGUAACUGUUCUCUCUGUUCAACAAGGCAGCUUACAAACAAAGGACGAAGAUUUCAAGUGUUUUCUCUUUCCUUACCCUCUGCAUGCUGUCCUGUGCAUUGACUAUGUCAUCGUGAAGACUUGACUUGAGCUCGAUAGCUGAUGAUGGUUUAGUGCCUCGCGCCGAAGAGGCCGCUGUUCACACAUACACUUCUCUUUUGUUAUUAGCUUCACGGCUGAUUUGUUGCGAGCGAUCAAACGGUAGCUGAAAACCUGUGCCCGCACGGCCAAAGUUUCCGGCGCUGAAGAUCGGGUGUGUGGAGGGAUCCGAUGUGGCACUGGAGAGCGGUCCCGUUCGGGAUAGCGCUAUGGCUUUCCUGGGUGCUGAGUUGUUUUGGGCAGCUCACGAGAAUGCCACCUUGUCCCAGCUCCAUGCCAGUGGGUACUGAUGCCUGCACGUGCCAACAGCCGGUGGAAACCGUCGGAACCCUCUGCUUCGGGAUCGAGAGCGAAUGCGAAGGGGUACCUGGCACCAACGACAGGUUCUUCUGCAAUUGCCCACUGCAGUUCCCAGGCGCACAAUGUGAAGCAAAUCUACAGGUGUGUAGCACGGUGGCCGACUGUAACCAGGCGAGCAGAACUGGCUUUGUGUGUGCAGCGUCAGCACUGACCGGAGACAGGCGCUGCACGUGCGCGCCUGGUUUUCGAAUCGAGCGCCGCCAGCCCUCGGGCCGAAACGUGUGUCUGCGAGACGAAUGUGCUGAUCCAGCUCUGAAUAAUUGCAACAUCAAUGCAAGCUGUAAGGACACGGACAACGGCUUUCUGUGCGAGUGCAACGCCGGGUUUCGAGGAGACGGAGUGCAGUGUGUGCGACAACAGGAGAAUGAUUUGACAGAAGGAGCUGAGGGAGAUGCCGGAGAAGACGGAGAAGAAGAGCAAGACAAUGAAGACGAGUGGGAAGGACAGAUGAGUCAUAGGCCAGAGCAAAGCAUGUCCAGUUCGGAGAGCAACGACUGAAGAGUGAACCAAGCCAGGAGUGAGCUGUCUGCAAUCACAAUGUCAUCAGAAAUAUGUGGACAGGUUCCGCAGCCCUGGAAAGGACUGUGCUUUCUCACCAUGACAAGACUGUGGUGCGCGCUGUAAAUCACUCUGUACACAGGGGUCAUGUCAUCGCUACUACACUGGCUGAUCUCCAUAGUGGUGGAGGCACGCACCUGCACAGCAAGCCAUAAUACUAGCACUGUACACACUGCUCCUUUACACGGACACCUCCUCCAAACCGGUGUCCAAUGGUGUACGGGAUGAUAUGCUCUGGUGCUAACUGUCUGAAAGAAAGGAGAUGAUUGUAUCCUCACACUUCACUCCGGCCAAUGCCCCCCCCCCCCCUCUCUCACUGUCCCCUGCUACUGUCCCCACUACUGGACUUGGCUCCUGUGUACAGCAUUCUGUAGUUGUGGAUUGCCCCAUUGUCACCCUAUAGCAGUUCUAGUACAUCGUCACUGUUGCCAACUCAUUAAUCUUUAUUUCCAUAAUUGCAAAGAGCGUAAUUUACAGUCUGCAUUAUGCCCACUCUUGACACCACUAUUUCCCACUGAUAUUUAUAAUGUUUACACAUUCAUACAUUAUGCACGUAAAUCUUGCGUUGAAAACUAAUCUGUAUCACACGUUCAACAACUGAUGGCCACUGGUUAUAAGAAAAAUAUGGCCCUAUCUCAACCAUCCAGUAUACGCACAGGACAACUGCAGUCCUGUCCUGCAUGCAUGGUCAAAUAGAAGCAAACCAUCGCAAAUUUAUCUCCACAAGCACUUUCUACGACUAUUAAUUUUCAUGCAGUGGGUGAAUACUCCACUAGUCUUGCAGCUUCAGCUCUCUAUACCCGUAUAAUUAUAGUCUAGAGGAUAUGCAACUGAUUUCAUGGAGGUCAGUCAGCGGAAUCCGAUUAUCGCGCAUAGCAGCUUAGUAUACCGCGGAACCGCUCGUGUGGGCUAUGUACAAAAGGCACAUGUAUGCUGAUGAUGUAAUGGCAGAACCCCUAUUUUAAAAUAAUAAUAAAUACUUAUUAUUGA